CUCAGUCUCCUUUUGUCUUGAGGGACAAGAACAACAGAAUCCUUUCUCGUUUUCUUCCUCAUUAAUUUAGAUUUCGAAUCUCACACGCAACCAUGACAGCAUCAAGCACCCUUAGCACCAAAGUACUAGCCACCAGUCGUCCCGUCGAAUCCUCUGCAAGCUACGAGGGUCAAGUUCCAGCCAUGCCGCGAAGGAGCCGAACUCACUUUAGUCCCAUGUACUCUGCAAUGCUCAGCGCCAACACCAUGCGAGACUGUUCGCAGGUCCAAGCGAUGAUGACGCAGUGUCUACAAAACCACCAAGCCAACCGAAAAGAAAGCGAAACAUCCUUUGUCUGCCAGACGGCGGAACAGUACUUUCACAAGUGCGCUCAAGCUCAGGCGUAAUCUACUAUACCGGUAUAUUAUGUAAAGAAGGGAUGGUUUUUUAUCAAAAUUCUGACGGUGGUGCCACCUCAGCUGUUGGUUGGUGAAGCGUGAUGCACUGCGGUGAAAAUGGUACAGGAGGAGAAUUUCGCCAGCGAUUCCUCUGUUGCAGCUCGGAUUGUAGCUGCGCUUUCUGGUGUGGUUCUGGGUGGCUUGUUGUUUGGCUGCUUUGGAGUGGUGUGAAUAGGACGGGAUGGUGGAAUUCGGGAGUCUAGCUUCCACGGUGACAAGGAUAUUGUUGGUUAAAACUUAUCUCAUGUAAAUGCUGUACUCAAUAAACUAAUACAUUCAGUUUCAUG